GAGCUUUAGUUGUUGGCAAUGGCAGUCUCCUAUGGCCGAAAGACAAAAAUACCCUUUAUGGGCAUGGCAUUGAUGAUCUUGAGAGACAGAUAGAGUGUUAUGUAAUUGUAAGUGGCAUGUGUGGCAAGCAAGCCACUUUCCAAAAUGAUAAUGAAGUUCAGGACCUAUUUACCAUAUUCUGUCUUCUGAAUUUUUUAUCAUAUUUUGCUACAUUUUCAUCUUCAUAGUCAUCUUCUUCUUCAUCAAUUGAAUGUUUUUCUUCGUUCAUCACAGAUCCAUCUUCACUGCUCCCUUUGCCUUUAGAGCUUUAAUCCCUUUUCUUUGGGUUUCUUUCUCUCUCCCUCAGCCAUUGGUUACCACCAAACCGCAGUGUGUAAGACUCCAUGCAGUCUAAAUUUUGAGCUUUUUCUUUGUUUAUGAUCACUUGCAUGCAAAAUUUGAAAUGGGUAUUUCAAGAACCAGUCAGUGAUGCUAAAAUGAAGCUUUUCUUUUCUUUCUUGCCUGGUUAGAGUGGUUCUUCAUGAAGCAAAAUGCAACUCUGCAGAUCUGCUACCAUGACAAACAGCCACAUAAAGCUUGUUUUAGCACUGGUUUGUCUUGUUUCUGUGGUUUAUAGUGAUACAGAUCCCGAUGACUGGAGGAUUCUCAAAGCAUUCAGAGAUGGGUUAGAGAAUCCAGAGCUCUUGGAGUGGCCCGCGACUGGUGAUGACCCAUGUGGUCAAUCUUGGAAACAUGUUCAUUGUGUUGGCUCAAGGGUCUCUCAGAUUCAGGUUCAGAACAUGGGUUUGAAAGGCCCUUUGCCUCAAAAUCUCAACCGGCUCGUCAUGCUCCAAAACUUAGGCCUCCAGAGGAACCAAUUUACUGGUCCUUUACCAUCCUUCAGUGGGUUAUCGAAACUGAAGUAUGCUUUUUUGGAUUACAACCUGUUUGAUUCUAUUCCAGCUGAUUUCUUUGAAGGUUUAGAGAGUUUGCAAGUCUUGGCAUUGGAUAACAACCCUUUUAAUGUCACUACUGGCUGGACAUUUCCCAAGGCUUUGCAAGGUUCUCCACAAUUAACCAAUCUUUCUUGUAUGUAUUGUAAUUUGGCUGGUCAUCUGCCUGAUUUUCUAGGGAGCUUGUUCUCUUUGCAAAACCUGAAACUUUCUGGCAAUAAUUUGUCUGGAGAAAUUCCGCCUAGCUUUAAAGGUGGCAUGUCUCUGCACAAUCUAUGGUUAAAUGAUCAGAAAGGUGUCGGCUUGAGUGGUACAAUUGAUGUGGUGGCAACGAUGGAGUCGGUUGCUGUCUUAUGGCUUCAUGGCAACCAAUUCUCAGGUAAAAUUCCAGAGAACAUUGGUAAUUUGACUCUUUUGAAGGAUCUCAAUCUUAAUGGUAAUAGACUUGUUGGAUUAGUUCCUGAAAGCUUGAAAAACAUGCCACUAAAGCAUUUAGAUUUGAACAAUAAUCAAUUAAUGGGUCCAAUUCCAGAGUUUAAAGCAGCUAAAGUGUCUUGUUCUUCAAAUCCCUUUUGUCAAUCCACUGCAGGGGUUCCUUGUGCCCCAGAAGUUAUGGCACUUCUAGAGUUUCUUGAUGGAUUGAAUUAUCCUCCAAGACUUGUUUCUUCAUGGACUGGUAAUGAUCCAUGUUCUUCAUGGGUGGGGGUGACUUGUGAUUCCAAUAAGGUGUAUUCCAUUGCUUUGCCUAAAUAUAAUCUUAGUGGUUCCUUGAGUCCCUCAGUUGCAAAAUUAGAUUCUCUUCAUCAAAUUAAGCUUGGGGGCAACUAUAUUAGUGGUACAGUUCCAACAAACUGGACUGCCUUAACUUCUUUAAAAACUUUGGAUCUUAGUAGCAACAACAUUUCACCUCCAUUACCAAGAUUCUCUACCACUGUGAAUCUAGUCAUUGCUGGCAAUCCUCUAUUAGCUGCUGGUAAGGCAGCCCCAUCUCCUCAUAACAAUCCAUCUUCUGGAAGUUCAGAUUCACCUGAUAUGCAGCCAGACCCAUCUCCUCGUAACAAUUCAUCAUCUGGAAGUUCAGAUACAUCUAACACCCAAUCUUCCCAAACUAAAGGCACAAGCUCUAGUCCUCGUGAUUCUUCUGGGGAACCGGCAAAAGAGAAAAGCAAGAGGUCCAUACUAGUUGCAAUUGUGGUUCCUGUUGCAAGUAUUGCAGUUGUUUCUUUUUUAAUCAUUCCUCUAUCCAUUCACUGUUGUAAAAAGAGAAAAGAUACCAUCCAGCCUCCAAGUUCCCUAGUCAUUCACCCUAGAGAUCCAUCUGAUUCAGAUAACAUGGUUAAGAUUGCUGUUGCCAAUAAUACCAAUGGAAGCGCUUCAACAAUAACAGGAAGUGAUUCUGCAAGCAGAAAUAGUAGUGGCAUUGGUGAAUCUCAUGUCAUUGAAGCCGGAAAUCUUGUCAUAUCAGUUCAAGUUCUUCGGAACGUGACAAAGAAUUUUUGCCCUGAGAAUGAGCUUGGUCGUGGUGGCUUUGGAGUGGUUUACAGAGGAGACUUGGAUGAUGGGACAAAAAUAGCAGUAAAAAGAAUGGAAUCUGGUGUGAUUAGCAACAAGGCCUUGGAUGAAUUCCAGGCUGAGAUUGGUGUUCUUUCAAAAGUCCGACAUCGUCAUUUAGUGUCACUUUUGGGUUAUUCAAUUGAAGGGAAUGAGAGAAUCCUUGUUUAUGAGUAUAUGCCUCAAGGAGCUCUCAGUAAGCAUCUUUUCCACUGGAAGAGCUUGAAAUUGGAGCCUCUUUCUUGGAAGAGGAGGCUAAAUAUUGCCUUGGAUGUUGCUAGAGGAAUGGAAUAUCUUCAUAAUCUAGCUCACAGAAGCUUCAUACACAGAGAUCUUAAAUCAUCAAAUAUCUUACUUGGUGAUGAUUUCAGGGCAAAAGUUUCCGAUUUUGGAUUGGUGAAACUUGCUCCUGAUGGGGAGAAAUCUGUAGUGACCAGGCUUGCUGGGACUUUUGGAUACUUGGCACCUGAAUAUGCUGUGACGGGAAGAAUCACAACCAAGGCUGAUGUCUUCAGUUUUGGAGUUGUAUUAAUGGAGCUGUUAACUGGGUUGAUGGCCCUCGAUGAGGACAGACCGGAGGAAAGUCAGUACUUGGCUGCAUGGUUCUGGCAUAUAAAAUCAGAUGAGCAGAAACUUAGAGCUGCCAUUGACCCUGCCCUUGAUGUGAAAAAUGAAACAUUUGAGAGUAUUUGCACCAUUGCUGAACUUGCUGGGCACUGCACAGCAAGAGAGCCCAGCCAAAGACCAGACAUGAGCCAUGCGGUGAACGUACUAGCGCCUCUUGUCGAACAAUGGAAACCAUCGGACAACGACGCAGAAGAUUAUUGCGGUAUCGAUUAUAGCCUUCCCCUAAACCAGAUGGUGAAGGGGUGGCAGGAAGCAGAAGGAAAAGACUUAAGCUGUGUGGACUUAGAAGACAGCAAGAGCAGUAUCCCAGCAAGGCCAACUGGCUUUGCAGAGUCUUUCACUUCUGCAGAUGGACGCUAAAUGAGGAUCUUCUUCGCUGCCUUUCUUUUAUGAAGAGUUGUUUUGGUAGGUCUAGAUGCUAAGUGAUGUUUUGAAUUUAAUGUCAAUAUGUUAUAUUGUCAAUGGUUCUAUUGUGGUUUGUGCAUUUCAUUCAUAUAAGAUCUCUCAUGUAGGAGUUGAAGUUUUUGUUGUGAGAUUGCUAUUGGUGAUGUAGAUAGACAUUAUAAUAAAAGCGGGAAAUUUCUAAUUUUUGUA